AUGUGUCAUGGGAAAGAAUCACGUUUAAUUAUUAUUUCACAAGCAAUUUGGGGCUGUGAUUUAUGUGAAGAAAGCAUAUUUAACAUAUUGAUCUUAAAAGCCUAUCUACACGAUGUAUGCGUUGAGGUUUUCCUAUUUGCUUUUAGGCACGUUAAUGUUUGCACGAGAAGAACAGCAAGAGAAUUGGAUUUGACUUAA